UUAAGGCGUCUAUCUGCUGCUUUGUGUUAGAGGAAAAGCACGCCAUCGCCACGGAACAUGCCUUAAUUAUACUAGGGGGGGAAAAGUUAAAGUAAACAAUAGGAUAGAUAACGGUUUAUACCUUAACGGACUCCUAUACAAGUUUUGCAGUGAUACGAAACUGACUGUAUACUUGUGGUUCCUGUGAGGAUGCAGUUGGGAUGAGUUUUGCUCGCGGCGGGAUGCAGUCGAUCUGGACACACUCAACACUGCUUGCGGCGCUUCUUCUGUUUUUGUCUGGACUUUCCUUUUCUACUGCUUGCAAUAAAGCCUUGUGUGCCAGUGACGUCAGCAAGUGUCUAAUACAGGAGCUGUGCCAAUGCAGGCCAUCGGAUGGGAACUGUUCAUGCUGUAAGGAGUGUAUGCUGUGUCUGGGCACGCUGUGGGAGGAGUGCUGUGACUGUGUAGGCAUGUGCAACCCGAGGAACUACAGUGACACACCAGCCACCUCUAAGAGCACAGUGGAGGAUCUCUACAGGCCCAUUCCCUCCCUGUUCAGAGCACUCACUGAGGGCGAAGCCCCCAUCAAUAUGAUGGUGGUCUCCUUUCCUGUGGCAGAAGAACUGUCUUACCAUGAGAGCCUGGUCUCCUUCUUGGAGACCAUGGAAGAUCAGCAUCAGAACAUCUCAUUGCCUGGCAACAGCAUUCAUUCUAGUUAUGAUAACACUCAAGAAAACAUGUGCACAGUAGUGUACUUUGAUGACUGUGUUUCGAUUCGUCAGUGUAAGCAGUACUGUGAGUCAAUGGGGGGCUCGAAGUACCGCUGGUUUCACAACGCAUGCUGCGAGUGUAUCGGGCCCGAGUGUAUCGACUACGGCAGCAGAGCGGUGAAGUGCAUGAACUGUCUCUUCUGAACCACUAGCCUUUUGAGUGUUGUGGAUGCUCCCACUCCUGCCACAAGAGGGCACAAUAACAGGACCAUAGGCUCAGGAGACACUGGCCUGGGAUUAGUAAAAAGAGGCGACAAUCAUGUAAAUUACAAGCCCUUUUGAUUUUGCUCUUUGUAUUAACCUUUUACACUUUGUUUUAUAGGUUUCUAGAAAAAAAAAAAGGAUUCUGUCUUGUAGUUUUCUCAAAAGUAAAUCAUUGCAUAUGCAGUCACUCUUUAAAUGGUGUUCUCUACCAAAUCAAUGUUUUUUUUUUUUAAAGUACCAACUUUAUUCAUGUUCAAUAAUUAAACCUAUGUGUCAAAUCUUUGACAGAUAUCAAGGUACUAAUAUGGGAGGGAAAAGUCCCUGUAAUAUUGCAGGCAGUCAUACAAUAGCACACUGCAUGUUGAAACAUGCAUGCUGCAGAUGCAGUGAAGGUUAUAGUGAAGGUUGGUUGAGAUAUUCUUAGUUGUAAUUCCUGUACACCUCAGAUGAAGGGACUGGAGCCAUAUACAUUAAGCCAUUUCUCAGUUGUUUCUGCUUUUACAACACAGAUAUGAAGAAAACAGAAGACCUGUCCUUUUAGAUCAGCACUCUGGUUAAGCCCUGUGACUGUUGACUCAGAGUUUGUAUGUGUGAGACAUGUAUCUGGGAAAGAUUACAGCUUUAGGACUCAUUUUAUUUGUUAUAUCCUAAUGAGCAGUAUGGAUGUUUCAGUUCUGUUACUUUAAGGUACUUUCUGCAUAUUGACCAAGGUUGUUAUUCCUAAAAAAAAAAACCUGCAUGUUCAUGUUUUGUUUUGCAGUAUUCCUCAUUAAAAAAAACAACAAAACAAGAACCACCAUUUGGUUCUGGUUAUGCUUCUGGAGUAAUAUGGUGAAGUUUUAAAACUGAUGUAAAACAGCGUUCAUUUUGAAACAUGCUCAACACACCAUUGUUUGCUUGUGUCUGAGAUCUGUUUCAUUAGCAAGUCCAACUACAGACCUUACUAAAGAAUCGUUAUAAGCCAAGCUGGCAUUAUUGGAUUUGUAGAGACAUAGUUAAACAUUUACACACUAUUAAAAUGAAUAUUUUUGAUCCAAUUGUUUCACAUGCAUUUCAAUGGCUGAUCUGACUCCUGCUUCAUUGCCAGUGAUUCAGUCUUCCAUGUAUGGAUGCAUUCAGUAGGCAGGUGCACUAAUCAGUCCAACCCAACUUCCCCUGAAUAGAGGCGAAAAGGGGAGAUGAGCACUUUCACAUCAGCUUUGUAUGAUUGCUUAUGAAUUCUGGGUCAGAUAGCAGAUGGUUGGGCCUGUGUUGAGGGUGACUGGGUUACUGAACGCUCCUCCCUCUGCUACACAUUUAAAUCAGUACAAAGGAGUCUUUCUCUCCUGGGAAGAGAUUGAGACACAACUAGUGCAGUCACAUGACCACUCAGUCUUGGCAGUGGAACCAGCUAGGAGCUUCACAUGGCAUCAUCCUGAUGCUCUGAUUGCCAGCCAGCUUAGAAAGGCUUACGAGUCAGGAUGAUCACUUUACCUACCUUGCAAAUCACCAUUAGGUCAGCCUAAGUUAACAAAUGGACUAUUUUUACACCACUAAUUAAGGGUGAUUGUUUGGGUUGUGAUGAACCCCUAUCGCGUUUAAACAUAAGAAUGUUUUCCACGGUGGUCAGGUUAACAACGGGAAAGAACACAAAAUCAACACAAUGGUGCCCACCUGUUAGAACAGUGAACUAAUAUUAAGUUAACGAUAGGAACAGUAGAUGAACCAGAUGAUGAUGGAACCUCUUUACUGGCUCUGAAAAUAAAUUAAUUAAACAGAAGAUUCACUUAAAGGCUUAAGUGUAAAUAUUCAUAUUAGCUCUGAUGUCAAAACAUAUACAACCUCCUAUAUUACACAAACUUUCACAACACAUAACUGAAUUAUAACUGAGGUAAGGGUUACUGCUCUCUACAGUAUACACACCACACAAUUUAUUUGUGUGUACACUACAGAUUUCCUUGGCAAUUAUGUUGAUCCAGUUUCAGCAUUAAUGAUCGUUGGAUGGUUCUCUUCACCAAACGAUGAACAAAUGGCAUUGGUUACAAUUUCAUUAACUAAAAUUAAAGACGUCUUUUUGAAGUUUUUGAUCACUAUUCUGAAUGCUGCAGAAAACCAACAACUGUGAAACAAAUAAACCAGCCUAAGUGCAACUGCAUCUGAACCUUUAUUCUGGACAGGUUAGGAGAACAUAUAACAAUUCUAUUCAUGAUCACUGAUCAAAAUAAGGGGGGGAGAAAACAACUGAAGGAUAUGUACAGUACAUGUGAUGCAUGGAUCAUAGUGAAGCACUUUUAUUUUCAUGUUAAAAUACCCCAGAGUAAAUGUGCAACAACCACACUGAUUCAAUAUUGAAUUUCUACAUACUCUGCAAAAAAAAUGGACCGCUUGUGAUUUUGGUUUAAAAAUACAAUAGUUCCUUUUCCGAUAGGACAUAGGGAUCCCUCUGUCCCAGGGGAAGAGAAUGUCCUCAGGCACAACAAAGUGCUGCGCUAGACUUUAAAACAAUAUCGGCUCAAGCCCUCGAGAAGAAAAACUUGUCCGGCUUCAAACGACGGCUCCCAGGAUACGGCGUGUAGAAAGGCUGAGACCUUAUAACUCGCUCCAUGUUGAAUAUAUCUGCAGCAUAUGAGUCACUCACACAGUACAGUAUCAAAAUGGAAAGUGAGAUAAAAUAAGGGAAAUACUUGUCGCUACAGUCUUUCCUGCUAAUGUGGUUGUGUGAAACUGAGAGUUCCUGCUAUGUUGAAGAGGAAAGAAAAAAGAAAAAAAAAAAACAA